AUGACGGUCGCCAGCUACAGUAUGGUGCUGUGCGGUUCUUCCGACGACCAUCGCUAUCGGGGCAGGAUAGAAAAAGUGAAAUUCGGCGUGCCGAUAAACGAAGCGUUCGCGCACGAUAUCCCAGCAACAUUGCUCAUGUUACUACUCAAAGUCAAUAAAGAUGGUCCGACGAAAAAGGACAUUUGGAGGGCGCCCGGAAAUCAAGCUCAGGUGCGGAAAUUGUCGCAAAUAAUGCAGCACGGUCGACUCGUCAAUAUCGAGAAUUUCACGGUGUACACGGCGGCGUCGGUCAUCAAAAAGUUUUUGUCGAAGCUUCCUGGCGGCAUUUUCGGGCGCGAGAACGAGGAAACAUUGUUCAACAGUGCCGGUGGAGACAUCGACAAACAGCGACAAGUAUUCUAUAGGAUAUUCGGCUCAUUACCUCUCGGCUCCCAACACCUAUUGGUAUUAUUAUUCGGGACAUUCAAAAUAGUUGCAAAUUCGUCGGAGGGCCACACGAACAGCAUGAAUCCGAACGCGAUCGCCAUUUCUGUGGCUCCCUCAUUAUUUCAUACGUGUAUACACGAUGGACGACAGGCUCGCGUUGAGGACCUUCAGCGUUUCAAAAUCGCCUCGAACAUCGUGUGCUCGAUAAUUUGCUCAUUCGGCGACACGCGAUUGUUCCCGCGAGAAUGCUACGAGUAUUAUGCGCGGUACACGGGUCGAACACUUCGAAUCGACGAGAAUCGAAUGUUCACAUUUCAUAAUCCAUCCAAUCGUCGUGCACGCGGCGAGGAGUUCGUUGCAUUGGCGGCGAAAUGCGCGGGCGCCUACUCGAUGGCGGCUCUUCACGUCGGCGGCGACGAGAACGUGUCGCGCGAGAAUGUCGCGAGCGGCGCAAACUCGUCGCAAUGCGCGACGGCUGCGGCGAUUUGUCGCGCCGCGUCGCUCAAACACCGUCAAGCGGCACUCACGCACACCACCGACCAUCCGAAGCGCAGCUUCUCGAUCGCUACUUCCGCCGUCGUCGAGCCUAUCGAUCUGCGAUCGUCGAUUAGCUGUUUUUCGGAGCGACAUCAAAACGCUGAGAAUGUCGAAAACGAGCCAAGGCGCGUCAAACAACACCAACAGAAGCCGAUGGCGAGAAUCAGCAAUCGAUUAAGCGCCAGCGCCGGAGAGGUGCUUCUCGAAGCGACGUCGGACGUCGACGAGAUGUGCGAGAUGGACCUUAUAAGGCCGUUGACGGCGUGCGGUGGCGAUCGUUCGAUGUCAUAUCUGCAAUAUGUGCAUGAAAAUCAGGCGAAGCGAAUGAAGAGUCGCAGCGAAUGGUUCCUCUCGCCGGUGUCGACAUCGAAGAAUCUCGCCUCGAAGUCCGUUGAUCAAUUCAGUGCCAGCGAUGCGUUGACGCCGAAAUUUGAAAAAACCAAAGAGGCACUCAAAACGAGAUUACCGUUUCAGAACACAACUCAGAAUAUUCAACAAAAUUCGAAUGAAAAUUCAAGAAGAAAAUCGCUGAAGCAAUUGAGAUCCGCCGCAUUCGCUUCAAAUCCGAGUCAUUCGUUCGACUACGCCGAAACGCAGCUAGCGCGACGAGAUUCGAAACCGCGUCUUCGGAGUCACACAUCAGUGGAAGCCGACACGUGGCUCGUCGAAGUCGUCCCGCACGACGAGAUUCCCAAAAAGCGGCGGAGUCUCAAAAAGAAAACCUCAACUCAAUUCUAG